AAUUCUACUCAGUUUCAGUUGUGAGUGUUAGCUUAAACCCAGAUAGAACCCCACCCAAUAACAAAGAACAAUUCAAAUUUAUCAUUUUUAUUAUGAACUGAAAAUUCAGUAAAAUGCUUGGCGCUUCCAUCUUAUACCCGCUUCCCACACAAAUUUUUUAUUCGUCAUAUUUUUCAAACUUAACUUCCACUCACCAACAAAAGCAUUUUAAGUUGAAGCAGAAGCAGCUACUAAAAGUGAAAAAUAAUCGAUUAAUCGUUUUAAGCAGUAGUAACGAUACGAGUUAUGAAGUUGGCGGUGGAUUUCCAGUCGACGAACUUCUAAACCGAAAUGAAGGGGAAAGUAAAAAUUCUGAUACUGAUACAUCUGCUCAACGUGAAGCACUUCUUAAAGGAGGUGACCAAGUUAUCUCUGUUCUUCAAGAAAUGAUUACUCUUUUGAAAGAUAUGGUGGAUAUGGAUGAAGAAUCUGAAAAAGUAGCAGUGGAGUUGGCUGCGCAAGGAGUUAUUGGUAAGAGAGUUGAUCAGAUGGAAUCUGAUUUCAUGAUGGCCCUUGAUUACAUGAUCCAGCUUGCUGAGAAGGACGAGGAUGAUAAGCGCAAGUCACUGCUGGAAGUUAUCAAAGAAACAGUAUUAUCGCAUCUAACUAAAAAAUGCCCACCCCAGGUUCAAGUAGUUGGUCUUCUGUGUCGAACUCCAAAAAAGGACAGCAGAUAUGAAUUGUUACGCCGAGUUGCAGCUGGUGGUGGUUCAUUUAAAGGAGAGAAUGGCUUGAAGAUUCACAUCCCAGGGGCAAAUCUAAAUGACAUAGCUAAUCAAGCUGAUGAUUUAUUAGAGACAAUGGAGACUCGUCCUGUUGUGCCUGAUCGGAAACUGCUUGCAAGACUUGUUUUGAUCAGAGAAGAAGCCCGUGAUAUGAUGGGAGGGGGGAUUUUGGAUGAACGGAAUGACCGUGGAUUUUCUACUCUCCCUCAGUCUGAGGUGAACUUCUUAACUAAAUUGGUGGCCUUAAAACCUGGGAAAGUUGUGCUGGAUAUGAUAAGAAAUGUGAUGCUUGGAAAAGAUGAAGGCGCAGACAUCUCUGGCAAUGACGAUGAUGACAGGGUUUCAACUGGAAUUGCUGGAAGGGCAAGUGUGACAGGAAGAAAGCCACAUCCAGUACGCCCGGGCAUGUUUCUCGAAACAGUCUCUAAGGUCUUGUCUGGUAUAUAUGCUGGAUCUGACUCUGGUAUCACAGCACAACAUCUAGAAUGGGUUCAUCAAAAGACACUUCAAGUCCUUCAGGAGAUAGCAUUUAACUAGUUCAAUCUCUUUCUCUCUAUUUCACUUCCUAUAAUCCUUUUUUUUUUUUUUUUUUUUUUUUUUUAUUUUUUUUUAUGGUGAAGAAUGGCUCAAUAUGGUUACUCUUUGUACUGCAUAAAAGACAUGGUAGGCUUUUUAUAGGGAUAGCUUUGCAGAUAAUAUCAAAUUUUUGAACCUUUACAAAGUGAAUAAUGUAAAUUUACUACAUAUGGUGAAGAAUAGUAGAUAUGAGAAAUUUGGGAUUUUACUA